AUGUCUCCCAAGCAGACCUUUGGCAACAUUUCUGUGAAGAUCGCGUUGUAUUGUGUAGGUUUAGAAGAGCUCAAUGCUCAGAGGCUCAACGGUACUGCGACUCCUUCAUAUUCGACCGUGAUCUCCUACCUUCUGGCUUCAGCCGUCACACAGCCCUUCAUUGCUACAACGUCUGAUAUCUGGGGCACCCAAACGAAGGUGCUCUGGCUAUCUGUGGCAACGUUGGUGGGGGGCUCAAUAAUCUGUGCUCUCAGCCAGAGCCCUGUCCUUAUCCUUGCUGGUCUUACCCUACAAGGUUUGGGCAGCGGAGGCAUGAUAUCGCUGGUCCAGGUUAUAUCUGACCGACUUGUCCCGUCAAGGAGGCGUCCUGGUGGUCACUGUAUAGUGUCAGCUUCCUGGGCGAUUGGAAGUGUUGCAGGACCCUUCAUUGGCAGCAAAUUGGCUUCGACCGCCACGUUUUACCGGCUGGCUCUAUUCAAUACGCCUCUAUGCGGACUGUCUCUUGCUCUCAUACCUUGGGUAGUUCCUUCUUGUGGUUCUUCAACGCAAUGCUCAUGGCUUAGAGUUGAUUGGGAAGGUAUGGUGCUGUUUCUGUCUAGUGUGAGCAGCCUCGUCUUUGGUAUCACCUGGAGUGGUGUGAACUUUGCGUGGACUAGCAAGUUUACAUUCCUAACAAUUGCCAUCGGGUCCUCCGGAAUAAUUUUAUUCAUCAUCUGGGAACGCAAUGUCGCCGAAUUUCCCAUCUUUCAGGCCACCCUGUUCAGAAAGGCCUCUCAGAUUGCGGCAUAUUUCUAUUGCUGCUUUCAAGGCGCAAUUUUUUCUUGCCUGCUAUAUUUCUUGCCUUUUUACUUCGCCUCUGUACAGCGGCGAACACCAAGACAAUCAACUCUCUGUAUUCUGCCCUUCUCUUGUUCAUUGCUGCUAGGGAAAGUCUCGUCACAAGUCAUCAUCGGUUAUCGACCACACAAAGAGAUCCUCAAGGUAGGCUGGAUUCUUACCAUCCUGGGCUUGGGCUUCCUUCUGCUCCUCGAGAUAGAUACAGCACUCCCGACACAAAUUUUAGUCCUCGCCAUUGGAGGCCUUGGAACUGGGUGGCUUCUGAGUGCCGUCAGCUUCCAGACAACUACCGACCGCUGCAGCUCAAGUUCGGGACCUGCUAUGUACUGGUUCUUUCAAAAUUUCGGAAUGUGUCUGGGUGUCGUGGUUGGGGGAAAGGUGUUUCGAAGCACUAUGGCGCACUUUCUCACCAAAUAUGGUGUCUCCACGUCAAUUGCACGAGACCCUGAGAGCUAUGUCCAGGAGUUACAUCUUUUGGAUGAAACAGACUCAGUCUUGCAGGCUAUCUUACAAGCCUAUCUUGGUGGGUUCCACGGGGUGUUCUAUAUGCUUCUCAGUCUCAGUGUACUCGGAUUCGCCCUGACUAUUGUCGACGAAGUGACAGCCAUUUCCGAAUUUGAGGGUGCGCAGUUCGAAGAGAUCUUCGCUGGCAUGAGGGCGCAAGUCGGUGCUGCAAGUACACAACGCCUGGCAGACCCGAGUUGGCAACCCAUAGCAGAAGAACUAAAAAGCAAAUUUUGUUGCGACAAGGCACAACUCUACAAAGUUUAUGGCGCUCUUCCAUUGCCCUGGCGACCACGGCCAGAGAGCGGUACUCUCAUUGUGGUCAAACGGCUUGGGAACAAGGCUUCGAAUUGGCAAAUUGGCGAGAAAUACAAUCUCAAGGAUUAUUACGAUUUUCGAGGCAAUGCUUUAAUUUUGCUGUUGGGCCGGGACGACUGCCUCAGGAGAUCGGGGACGUGA